AUGCGACGAUUGGCCAAUACUCAGCAGGAUAACAAGAGAGAAGCAAAAAUGCGAUGUUACAGAUAUCAAGGCAUAGGACACCUCGCAAGAAAUUGCAAAGCGGGUAACACCCACGUGGGAAGCAAGGCAACGGGUGUGGUGUCAGAGGAGCGGGUACCUCGCAGAGCUGAGAGAAAGGAUGUAGUGCCAACCGAGGCGGGAACAAUGCAUCCAACGUGUCCCGCACCGGCUUCUUUUGGAAAGAAGCAUGUGAAAAAGGUGGAGAUAGGCAUUGCUUGA